AUAGAUUACUGUAUUCCUACGUUGAGAAAGUAGCUUUCUAAAUUUCAUAAAACUGACUUUGACUGCCUUCAAAAUCUGUAAUAAAUUGAAUUAAUUAAUAUCUAAUAAAUAGUGUUCAUACUGUAGUUUCAUGUGUUGUGUUGUGAUAGACAUCUAAGACGCGUCGAUCAGUGGAAGAUGGUGGAAGACUAAUUAGAAAGCAACAUGGAAGCACUGACAGUUCCGCCAUGAAUGCAAAAUAAAUAGAAAUUGUGAAGGUUCAUAAAUUGAGUUAUUUGUUUAGUGUUUACAUUAUUGCUUAUAAAUAUAGAGUACUAUACAUUGGAAAACAAAACAGUUGUUAAAAUUCAAAAAUGCGCCUGAAUGUGCAUUUGGAAUUGAGGAAUGAAAAUUGAAAAUUUUGCGAAAAAUGAAUCCGUGCAGAGGAACUAGGACUCAAAAGUUGAUACCACUCUGCUGGAGUAACUCAGGAAAGUUUAGAAACUUCACAAUGUUGAGAGGUGGGCGUGGCGGCCGUCACAGUCCGGAACUGUACCCCCACACACUAAAGUGCUCCAACGCGAGCGAUACCAGCUCCGCAUAUAGUGGUAGUGACACCAUGACGUCGGUUCACAGCUCUUUAGAUAUGGACAUGGAGGUAGACCUAUCAGGUCUUCUUGAAUCCAUAGUGGAUUCAGAUGAAGAGGAAGAUUUGGAAGAGAGUAUGGAUAGUCUCACUGUACGAGAUGCUGUGAGAGAUUGCCUUGAAAAAGACCCAAGUGAUAGAACUGAUGAAGAUAUUGAAAUUCUUUUGGAAUUCACCCAACAUUUAAAAGCCUUUACAAAUAUGACUCUUACAGUGCGUAAAGCACUCUGUGCUGUAAUGGUUUUUGCUGUGGUAGAAAAAGCUGGAACGGUAGUCAUGAAUGAUGGAGAAGAACAUGAUUCUUGGUCAGUUCUGAUUAAUGGACAUGUUGGCAUUGAGCAUCAAAAUGGAGAGAUUGAGUAUCUUAACGUUGGUGACAGUUUUGGAAUGGCGGAAGCGACACUUGAAAAACUAUAUCACAGAGGCGUAAUGACAACAAGAUGUGAUGACUGUCAGUUUGUAUGCAUCACACAAACUGAUUACUAUCGUAUUCUGCAUCAAGGAGAAGAGAAUAUAAGGAGACAUGAGAACGAAAAUGGAGUUGUAGUCUUAGUGACAGAAUAUAGGGGAUUAGCUGGGGAAUCAGGUCAUCAACAGGGACAUGUUGUAAUAAGGGGAACACCAGAACAAUUAAUGUUACAGUUAAUUGAAGACAACUCACGAGAUUCAACAUAUGUAGAAGAUUUCCUUUUAACGCACAGAACAUUUAUAGAAAGCCCCCUUGUUGUUGCUAAACAGUUGCUUGCCUGGUUCUCUGAGCCUUGUGAUCGUGACAAGGUUACGAGAGUUGUGUUGCUUUGGGUAAACAAUCACUUUACAGAUUUUGAAACAGAUCCCAAUAUGAUGGAGUUCCUUGAAAACUUUGAAACAGCUUUAGAACGUGAGAAAAUGGAAAGCCAGCUGAGAUUACUUAAUAUAGCUUGUUCUGCAAAAGCAAGAACGAGAAGUGUUACAUUGUCACGAUCUUCAAGAGAUGAACCUUUAAAUUUCACUAUACUUGGUGGUUAUGAAAGGGGAUACGGAAUUUUUAUAUUAAAAGUUGAAAAGCAUUCUAAAGCAGAAGAUGUAGGCUUGAAGAGAGGUGAUCAGGUUCUAGAAGUAAAUGGCCAGUCAUUUCAACAUGUAAGCCAUGCAAAAGCUAUGGAAAUAAUAACAGGUUCCACACACUUAAGCAUAACAGUAAAGAGUAAUUUAUUAGCCUUUAAGCAAAUGUUGUUAAUGCCAGAAAAUUCGCCAAGACAACGAGGUUGCACCAACAUGGCGCGUUGGCAAAUGGAUCCAAGAGCUCGAUUAUCUACUGCCGAAUUAUUAAGUGAUGACCCAAUAACAUUAUCUGCAGGUUUUCAAUCUCCAACUAAAAAACCGCAACCAUUGAGUGUUAAAAAAGAACCACAAAAAGGUUUUAUGACUCUUGGCCCAAAAAGACGACUUCAAAAAGCUCUUAUGAAAAUGAAUAUUCUGCCUAAAAAUACAAUUGCUGAUGGAAUACACACAGACGAUAGUAUACUCUCAAAUUCGGAAUCUUUAAGCAAAGCCAAUACAAGCACCUCUUUUUAUAAUUCUCACAGCAACCCAGAUUUAAUCUCAAUUUGUUAUGAUGAAUAUCAAUCUUCAGAUUAUCCCGAGCAUGUACUCAAAGUUUACAGAGCUGAUCAAACUUGUAAAUAUCUUUUAGUCCAUAAGGAAACAACGGCUAGAGAAGUUGUAAUGUUAACAUUGCAAGAAUUUGGCAUUACAGAUCCUAGUUCCAACUUUUCAUUAUGUGAAGUUUCAGUUGCACAAGGAGGAAUUAUAAAGCAACACCGUUUACCAGACCAGUUACAAAAUCUUGCUGAAAGGAUUGGACUUAGCUCUAGAUAUUAUUUAAAAACAAAUGGUGUUAGUGAGACAUUAGUACCUGAUGAAAUGGCACCUGAACUACUCCGGGAGAGUGUCGUUCAUUUUUUGCAAUUAAAUGCUGUUGAGGUUGCUGUUCAAUUAACCUUACAAGAUUUUUGUAUAUUUCGACAAAUUGAAAGUACUGAGUAUGUUGACGAUUUAUUUGAGUUGAAAAGCAGAUAUGGUACACCAAUGCUGUCGCAGUUUGCGGGACUUGUCAAUAAAGAAAUGUUUUGGGUUGUUACAGAAGUAGUUAAUGAACAAAAUAUUGUGCGGCGUUCAAAAAUUAUAAAACAAUUUAUCAAAGUUGCUCGACACUGUAAAGAAUGCAAAAACUUUAAUUCAAUGUUUGCAAUAAUCUCAGGAUUAGGACACGGAGCUGUGUCUAGGUUAAGAAUGACGUGGGAAAAAUUACCUACAAAAUACAUAAAACUUUUCUCUGAUUUACAAAUGCUAAUGGAUCCAUCAAGAAACAUGUCAAAGUACAGACAAUUAGUCACAACUGAACAAGGUCGAUCGCCAGUUAUACCAUUUUACCCAGUUGUUAGAAAAGACCUUACAUUUAUUCACCUUGGUAAUGACACUAAAGUUGAAGGAAUGGUCAAUUUUGAAAAAUUACGAAUGAUUGCUAAAGAAGUGAGAACUCUUACAAACAUGUGUAGUUCUCCAUAUGAUCUUUUGACAUUAUUAGAAUUAGGGAAGCAACCUCCUUCGAACGCGAUGGUUGCUCUUAAUCAGCUCACAACUGGUGUGCAACAAGGACAAGUAACUGUGAAAAGGAGAAAAAAGUCGUCAAAUGUUCCAAAUCCCAAAAAAAUGUUCGAAGAAGCACAAAUGGUAAGACGUGUAAAAGCGUACUUGAAUCGUAUGCAUGUGGAAACGGAUGAGGAGAGGUUACAUGCGCUAUCUUUAGAAUGCGAGGGAUCCGGGCCGGCCCCAGCUAUGCCCCGCCGACGACAUCCCUCGCCUUCGUUAUCUACAACUAGCAGUGCGUCAUCAGCAAGUGAGGGUAAAAAAAGUUUUGCCGGGAAUAAAUUUGGUGCAGCUUCACCACAAGCUGUCCGAAAAUUGUUAGCAUUAUCUGAACCAGCUAAGACUAGGCCACAUCAACCCAGGCCGCCGCCACCGGGGCCGUCGCCAUGUGCACACCGUCGUGACGGCCCUGGUCCAGGAAUUUGCUGUGCCCGAACAGCGCACGAAAGAUCACAUUCUGAUACCCCUACUCCGCUUCCGGUAGAUUUGUCAGCGGAGAGUAGUAGUGUGACAUCAUUAGUGAACUUGCCACUUCGUAAAACUGGCUCAGCUACGUCGAGCGAUAGCGGGCAUGGCUCCUGCACUACGGCUAGUUGCGUGCGGCCCGUCCCACCUCCAAGAAUGCCACAGGCGCCUUACACGCUCGCUGCUCAAGUGGCGCGACUUGAGCGCUUGAGUCGUGCGCAUUCCCACGAAGGUGUUACGCGACCAUACGACUAUUAUCACGAUGUGCCGGACGACGAAGACGACGACCAGCAAGUAUCAGCAGUUUGAAGUUUAAAAUACUCUAAUCAAUUUCUAUUUAUAUAGUUCUAUUUUGUAAUCUCACUUGACUAAUAGAGAGCACGAGUCAUGUAAUUUUUUUCUUAUAUAUUAUUAAAAAAUUAAAUCAUGUAUGUACUCUUUACAACUAAAAUUUAAAGACUGUAUAAUUUUAACGUAAGAAAUUGUCGUAGUGUUACAUAGUGUAAAAUUGCAUUAGCCAUGCCUUGAUUCUAAUUAUUAAAUAAUUUUAAAGUAACGUGACCCCACCAUGUUCCAGUUAUAUCUAGAGAUGUUUGAUGUGUACCAUUAAAAGGUGAUUUAUCUACCUUUGGUAUGUCUACAUUCCGUUGUUUGUAUAUUUUUUUAUAAUUUUCGUUAUUUAUAAUAUGCAACUUAGACCAAAUAAUAAUUAAUGUACCUUUUAAUAUUUACGAUUUGAUUGAUUUUAAUAAUAGUACCUAUGUUGUAGUAAUUUUUUUGGUAGCUUUGUGGACCAACAAUGAGUUUCGACGUUAAUUCUUAUGGUAGCAGUUUGAAAUCUGUUUAUAUCAUUUUAAUAAUUGUAAUUGUAAAUAAUAAAACUAUAUUAAUUAUGUACUUC